AACACUAUUUUGCGUUUCCCGCCAUUUCCCGCGAAAAGAAGCGAGUAAAAAAAAUCAAAUUUAAUUUCCACAGUGACAUAGAUCGUGCAAUGCGAGAGUUGUGAAUCGUUGUUGCAGAGAAAAAUAUGGAGGGAACCGCAACAGGGUGUUACAAGUGCGGCAGACCUGGUCACUGGUCACGGGAUUGCCCUUUCUCCGCUCCCAAUUCCAAUCCUAACCCUAACCCUAACCCUAACCCCGCCACCACUCCCAAUCCAAAUACUCCAAAUCCUUCUUCCUCUUCUUUCAAGCCCAGAUUCGCCGCCGAAAAGCCCAAGAAACUCCCCCGAACAAAGCCCAAGCUCACACCGGAGCUUCUUCUCUCCGACGAGGGUCUCGGUUACGUCCUCCGCUACUUCCCUCGCGAGUUCAAAUACCGUGGUGGUGGCCACGAGGUUCGCGAUUUGGGUAACCUGCUUCGUCUGUACACCGAAUGGCACUCUCGCUUGCUCCCUUAUUACUCUUUCAAUCAGUUUGUUCACAAAGUGGAGAAAGUUGCUGCUACAAGGCGUGUAAAGACUUGCCUUAGAGAAUUGAGAGAAAGAGUUGCAAGUGGUGGAGAUCCAACAAAACUGCGUGAACCACCUGUUGUGCAUGACAUUCCAUCUGAUGAGCACGGAUAUGUUGUAUCUGCAGAAGAUGGGGGAGCAACUCAUCAAGAGACAGAUGUGUUUGCAGAAUCCGAAAAUGUUAAUGACAUUCAAGAAGACAUGCUUAAUGAUAUAUAUGAUAAAGCUACUGAAGAACAUGCUCAGUCCAUGCACAAUGUUAUUGGUACUAACAAGGCUUCAGAAAGUAUCGCAGCUGAAAAGACAUCAGAGGAAGUUCAAUAUAAUGGAUCCAGCCAGUCUGGCAAAGCUGAGAUAACAGAAGAGCAGAGGGCUCGUAUGGAAGCAAAUAGGUUGAAGGCACUAGAAAGGCGAGCUGAGAUAACAGAAGAGCAGAGAGCUCGUAUGGAAGCCAAUAGGUUAAAGGCACUAGAAAGGCGUGCUGCCUUAUCACAAGCCUCCUAACUUUGAUCUGAAUUGUAAAUGAAAGCAUUACUUCUUGUUGUCUCACAACUGGUUGAGUUGUCCUUAAGUCCCCUCAUGAAUUAAGUAGUUUACUUUUUAUGGUUUGGUGACUGUUAUUUAGGUGCUUGUGAUUAUGAUGUCAUAACAGUAAAUAAAUUUGUGUCGAUAUUAGCUUCAUGUUUAAGUUUCAAGUGGCGGGCCUAUUUAAUUUGUUUGGGGGCACUUUAACCCUAUUUAAAGUGCAUGACAAUGAUAGUGCAGACACUUCGAAAAUAAGCUGAGAAUUUACUUACAUGUGUGCAUGUUUGAAAAUCUAGUGAAAAAUUACUUAAGGCAAAAGUACUUUUGCCAAA